CCUAGCGCGGUGGCCAUGGCGGCGCAGUGCUGCUGCCGCAAGGCGCCCGGCGCCGAGGCCGCGCCGGCCCGCCCGCCGCCCGAGCCGCCGCCCGCCCUGGACGUGGCCUCGGCCUCCAGCGCGCAGCUCUUCCGCCUCCGCCACCUGCAGCUCGGCCUGGAGCUGCGGCCCGAGGCGCGCGAGCUGGCCGGCUGCCUGGUGCUCGAGCUGUGCGCGCGGCGCCCCGCGCCCCGCGCGCUCGUGCUCGACGCGCACCCGGCCCUGCGCCUGCACUCGGCCGCUUUCCGCCGCGCCCCCGCCGCCGCCGCCGCCGCCGCCGAGCCGCCCUGCGCCUUCGCCUUUGCUGCCCCCGGGCCGGGACCCGCACCGCCGCCGCCGCUGCCCGCCUUCUGCGAGGCGCCCGGCGCGGAGCCCGCCUGCUGCCCGCUGGCCUUCAGGGUGGACCCGUUCACCGACUAUGGCUCCUCGCUCACCGUCACGCUGCCCCCUGAGCUGCAGGCGCACCAGCCCUUCCAGGUCAUCCUGCGCUACACCUCGACCGACGCCCCCGCCAUCUGGUGGCUGGACCCAGAGCUGACCUACGGCAGCGCCAAGCCCUUCGUAUUCACCCAGGGCCACUCCGUCUGCAACCGGUCCUUCUUCCCGUGCUUCGACACGCCUGCCGUCAAGUGCACCUACUCAGCCGUGGUCAAGGCCCCAUCGGGGGUGCAGGUCCUGAUGAGCGCCACGCAGAGUACCUACGUGGAGGAGGAGGGCGUCUACCGCUUCCACAUGGAGCACCCCGUGCCUGCCUACCUCGUGGCCCUCGUGGCUGGGGACCUCCAGCCCGCAGACAUCGGGCCCAGGAGCCGCGUGUGGGCCGAGCCGUGCCUCCUGCCCACGGCCACCAGCAAGCUGUCGGGCGCGGUGGAGCAGUGGCUGAGCGCGGCCGAGCGGCUCUACGGGCCCUACCUGUGGGGCAGGUAUGACAUCGUCUUCCUGCCCCCGUCCUUUCCCAUCGUGGCCAUGGAGAACCCCUGCCUCACCUUCAUCAUCUCCUCCAUCCUGGAGAGCGACGAGUUCCUGGUCAUCGAUGUCAUCCACGAGGUGGCCCACAGCUGGUUCGGGAACGCCGUCACCAACGCCACGUGGGAGGAGAUGUGGCUGAGCGAGGGCCUGGCCACCUACGCCCAGCGGCGGAUCACCACCGAGACCCACGGUGCGGCCUUCACCUGUUUGGAGACAGCCUUCCGCCUGGACGCCCUGCACAGGCAGAUGAAGCUUCUCGGAGAGGACAGCCCGGUCAGCAAGCUGCAGGUCAAGCUGGAGCCAGGCGUGAACCCCAGCCACCUGAUGAACCUGUUCACCUACGAGAAGGGCUACUGCUUCGUGUACUACCUGUCCCAGCUCUGUGGGGACCCCCAGCGCUUUGACGACUUCCUCCGAGCCUACGUGGACAAGUACAAGUUCACCAGCGUGGUGGCCCAGGACCUGCUGGACUCUUUCCUGACCUUCUUCCCGGAGCUGAAGGAGCAGAGUGUGGACUGCCGGGCAGGGCUGGAGUUCGAGCGCUGGCUGAAUGCCACGGGCCCCCCGCUGGCCGAGCCGGACCUGUCUCAGGGAUCCAGCCUGACCCGGCCCGUGGAGGCCUUAUUCCAGCUGUGGACCGCCGAGCCCCUGGACCAGGCAGCCGCCUCCGCCAGCGCCAUCGACAUCUCCAAGUGGAGGACCUUCCAGACGGCGCUCUUCCUGGACCGGCUGCUGGACGGGUCCCCGCUGCCCCAGGAGGUGGUGAUGAGCCUGUCCAAGUGCUACUCCUCACUGCUGGACUCCAUGAACGCCGAGAUCCGCAUCCGCUGGCUGCAGAUCGUGGUCCGCAACGACUACUACCCAGAUCUCCACAGGGUCCGGCGCUUCUUGGAGAGCCAGAUGUCGCGCAUGUACACCAUCCCGCUAUACGAGGACCUGUGCACCGGCGCCCUCAAGUCCUUCGCCCUGGAGGUCUUCUACCAGACGCAGGGCCGGCUGCACCCCAACCUGCGGCGGACCAUCCAGCAGAUCCUAUCGCAGGGCCUGGGCCCUGGCGUGGAGCCGGGCGGGGCUGCGGCGGACUCGGAGCCGGGCCUGCUGCUCGGGGAUGAGGCCCCGGGCGGCGCCAUCUCUCUCAGGGACGUCAACGUGUCUGCAUAGCGCUGCGCCUCCCAGACACCACGAUUGUGCCUUCUGGGCCCUGGGCCCAGCCGGGGGGCUCUGCUGGGCCCCCCCAGGGCCGACCGAGGCCCGUGGACCCGUCUUUCCCCUACCCCCCCAAGCGCUCUUGCACUGCAGGCCCUCCUGUCUCAACACUGACUGCCAGGCACCGCCCUGGGUCCACGGCGACCACCACACUGUGCCUUCUGCCCGCCGGGAGGGCCCGGCUGCUGCGCCCGUCCCGCACACCUGCAUCCACGGAGCCCUGGGCCCCCGCCCCCCGCCCCCAGGGCCGGCAGCCCUAGGGCCGAGGAUGCAGACAUGCCCACACCCUCCCCGCGGGGGACGGGGCACCGGACAGACGGUGGAUGUCCCUGGGGAGGGGGGCCCCGGAAAGCCUUAGCUCCUCAGGGAACUCAGGGUCCCAGGCCCCGGGGCCAGGGCAGCAAUAACACGCAGGAAGGCAGGCGGCACUGGUGCUGUUUCUAGGCCCACCCUGCUGGAAGAGGCCCGGGAAGCCCGGGGUCCACGCUGGGCCCCCUGAGGGACCUCCACUCGGGGUCACCGCGAUUGUCCCAUUAAACCUCCACUCGCA